GAUCAGCCGCAGAGCCUCCAGGUUGCCGUGAUAAGCGCCCCAUAACGUCGGUGUCAUGCCAUCUUCAUCAGGUGCGUUCAGAUCCUUCCGCGUCGCCUCCUUCAGCAGGUCCAGGUAGCCGUCCCGUGCCGCCUUGUGGUACCUGUCAUUCAUGGUGCUCAAUGAAUCCACCCUGCUCUACUCCAUGCCGUUUCAUUACCAUAAACACGGCCAUCAUCGUCGACAUAGCGGGAGCAAACUGGCUGUAGAGCCAAUAUGUCCAACAAACAGUCGCCCCUGAUCAUCGGUGGGGGAACAGGCAGUGCGCGUCGGUGGUAUCCAGGGACGCCAGGAUGCGCACCGUGUGGGCAACAGUGCUCCCGGUGGCCGAGGUGCUCCAAAGCAGUCCAAAACCACUAAUCCCCCCUUAGGUAGAAACUGCAAAAUCCCCUUGCAGCAAAUUUACCAGUAAACCACCAUGUUUUUGAUGGCAUAUAAAAGCCAUGACGGCUCAGACUGCUUCUCAGGAUCACACUACACAUCAGGUCUUUGCUAGAGGAAACAUGUGCCUGAACACUGGCUUUCCAUGCAACUGUUUGACCGACGGAAAUCCCUGUGAACCAUGCAGGAUGACGGCCAAAGACAGGGAGCCAGAGGAGACCCACCUCUCCAACAAUGACAAUGUGCCGGGUCCAGCAGGGAGCCCAUGUAAACUGGACCUGGAGGACUCCUGUGGUGGAGCUGGGAGGGAGCGGAGUCGAAACUGGGGAUGGAUGCUGUCCGCUGUCAUUUGUUUGAACAUAUUGAUUCUGGGCUGUGCCCUUGUCAGCGGCACUGCCUACAAAAAUGUUAACAUCAGCAUGCCUGACCUGCAGAUUUUCCUUAUUAUCCUCCUUCUCCUCACCACCAUCUGGAUGAUUUAUUAUGUUAUCUACACGGCGAGGAAAGACAAUGCUGUAAUUUACAAGGAUGGACAUGCUGGACCUGUAUGGCUCAGGGGAGGACUUGUGCUAUUUGGAAUCCUCAGUAUCAUCAUGGACAUUUUCAAGAUUGCCAGCUAUGUGGGCUACCUUCACUGUGAUUCUGGUGUAAAGGUUGCCUUCCCUGUGGUGCAACUUGUCUUCGUUAUUGUGCAGACUUACUUUUUGUGGAUCCACGCCAAGGACUGUGUACAGCUACAAAGGAACAUUACACGCUGUGGGUUGAUGCUCACCCUCUCCACAAAUCUAGUUAUAUGGAUGACUGCAGUGACUGAGGAGUCCCUCCACCAAACCGAAGUUCCAGAAUACCCAAGUAAUACUACAAAAAUCUCUGGACGAAAGAUGUACAUCACCAAAGCUAGUUACGGAGACGAUAAGUGCAAGUGCAGCCACACCUCAUGCAGCGUCUUCAAGGAAGCUUACUACUACCUGUACCCAUUCAACAUUGAGUACUGCCUCUUUGCAUCCGCCAUGGCCUAUGUUUUGUGGAAAAAUGUGGGUAGAGUCGUAGACGAACACAACCACCACAAGAUAAAAUUCACUCUGAAGGGUGUAAUCUUUGGUCCGGUGACAGGAAUUCUCUUAGUGGUGGCAGGUCUGGCAACUUUCAUCGCAUAUGAGAUGCAAAUACAAAAAGACGAUCAUGAUGAUGAGAAGAAAGAAACAGCAGUGAUGAUUCACUUCAUUAUGAACAUAGUUAUAGUGACCAUGAUGUCCGUCUCCACAGUGAUUGGCUGUGCCGUCUACAAAGUGGACCACAGGGAGCAUGUGUCAGAUAAAAACCCCACACGCAGCCUAGAUGUAGGGCUGCUGGUAGGGGCCUCACUGGGACAGUUCGUCAUCAGCUAUUUCACUAUUGUCGCCAUGGUGGCAACUGGUGCCAAAGGCCACCUAAACAGGCUCAACCUAACUUGGGCUAUCCUGAUGGUAAUCCAACUUGGCCUGCAGAACUUUUUCAUCAUUGAAGGCCUACAUCGGGAGCCCUUCCAUGAGGUGGAGCCUGUGGUCACUGUGCUUGCAAAUCCUUAUGUACUGCAGCAGAGCAAAGAACUGAGCCUUGAAGAAGGAUCAGUAAUGGACUCAAAAUCGAGCCCAGUACUCACAGCACACAGCCUGCACAGCCACACAUUGGAGCACAGACCUAAACUGACAUGGAAGAGACGAGUGCUGAAGGAGGUCUGUGUGUUUCUGCUAUUGGGAAACAUCAUUCUAUGGAUAAUGCCAGCAUUUGGAGCUCGCCCUCAGUUUGACCACGACACUGAAACAGAAUUCUACCAAUUCAACAUGUGGGCUGCGGUUGUGAAUGUUGGACUUCCUUUUGGCAUUUUUUAUCGCAUGCAUUCAGUCGCCAGUCUGUUUGAGGUUUUCCUAACUUCAUAACACUGCCUAAAACAAUGAAAGCAAAAAAAAUGCACAGCUGACUGUUUUGGCAUUAUAAAGUUGUUUUGUAUAGAUUUGUAUCCUGUUUUGAUGAUACUUUUUUAUUUCACUAUUAAUUGUGAAGUAGAUUCUGACUGACUAUGUCAUACCUCUUUCAUUAUAGCCUUCAAAUGUGACAAUGUAAAUGCAUUAAAAAAAAGUUAUUUUAUGAAUUAUUAUGAAGCUGUUCUUGAAUGACUGGCUUAUGCUUCAGUCUCUGU